UAUAUUCUCCUUUCUGUAGGACAAUGUUAAUGGAAACCCUAGCUGUUUUUAUGCUGUAACUAAUUCACCUUGUCUUUUGUUGUUGAUCUACACUAAACAUAUUCUGAGACGUUGAGGCUUCUGGGACAUAAGUGUCAAAGGAAAAACGUUUUUACCAAUGUCAACCGAGGGGUACCAGUAUCGAGCGCUGUAUUCUUAUGACAAAGAGCGAGCAGAAGACAUAGACCUUUUGCCUGGUGAUAUCCUGACUGUCAGUCGAGCAGCUUUGUUAGCAUUAGGUUGUAAAGAUGGAGAUGAGCAUGAGCCAGAUCACAUUGGAUGGAUUUUGGGUAUUAAUGAAAGAACAAAGCAGAAGGGGGAUUUUCCAGGAACAUAUGUGGAAUUUAUUGGGCCUGUCCAAAUGUCUUUACCAGCCCAUCGUCCACGUGGCCUGCGUCCACUGCCUGCUACGCCCUCUACACUCCAGACAGAGCAAAGUACUUCCUCUGGCCCUCUGCUACCUGAACUGGUUGAUCAGUUUUGUCCUCCAGAAAUAGGUCCUCCGAUACUGGUCAAGUUGUUUGAAGCCAUUGAAAAGAAAGGAAUGGACAGUGAAAUGCUGUAUAGGACCUCUGGCUCGGAGUUUAGACACACAAUAACAACUGAUCUUUAUGGAGCGGAUUUGGAAGCAGCUGAUGUACAUUUUAUUACUGACCUGGUCAAGACAUUUCUUCAAGAGUUGCCAAGUCCUGUGAUACCAUCACACAUCAACCUGGACCUCAUCCGAACACUAAUGGAGUCUGGUGAAGAUGAGCAAAAAAGAGCAUGUAUUUCUUCAAUUCUACAACCCCCUACCGUCCCUAUUCAGCACGUUCUCACUUUACAGUUUAUACUUUGGCACAUUGGAAAAGUAUGUAGCUUUGGCAGUGUUAAUGGAUUUAAUGUGAGGGAAGCUGCAGAGAUAUUUGGACCAUUGUUGCUUCGGCAUGUGAUCACAGGGGCAGAAGCGUUGCCAGAUUAUCCUGUUGUGCUCCUGGAGCUUUUGCUGCAGGAUAAUGUUCCUGUAGAACAUCCGCCCCCAGCUCUCCCUCCAAAGCCAACAAAAUCUAAACCGCCAGCCUGUCCAACCAUCAUAGGUGGGGGAACAUUGCAGGAGGCAGAAUGGUACUGGGGGGACGUUUCUAGAGAAGAGGUGAAUGAUAAACUCCGGGAUACACCAGAUGGGACAUUUUUGGUGAGAGAUGCUUACAGCAAAAUUCUGAGGGAAUAUACGCUUACUAUCAGGAAAGGAGGAAACAACAAACUGAUCAAGAUAUUCCAUCGAGAUAAUAUGUAUGGCUUCUCAGAACCCCUAACAUUUACAUCAGUGGUGGGUCUCAUUACACAUUACAGGCAUGAGUCUCUGGCUCAGUACAACCCCAAACUGGACAUCAAAUUGCUGUACCCCAUGUCCAAAUACCAGCAGGAGCAGAUUGUUAAAGAGGACAGCGUAGAAGCUGUAGGCGAGCAGCUUAAGGUUUAUAAUCAGCAGUACAGAGACAAAAGCCGGGAAUUUGACUCUCUUUAUGAGGAAUAUACCAGAACCACUCAGGAACUACAGAUGAAGCGCACAGCCAUUGAAGCUUUCAAAGAAACAAUCAAAAUUUUUGAAGAGCAGUGUCAGACCCAAGAAGCCUUCACAAAGGACUACAUUGAAAAGUGUCGUAGAGAGGGCAACAACCAGGAGGUUGAGAGGAUCUUAAUGAAUUCUGAAAAGUUAAAGUCUCGAGUGACCGAAAUUCAUGACAGCAAGAAGAAACUGGAGCAAGACUUAAAAAAGCAAGCAAAUGAAAAUCGUGAAAUUGACAAAACAAUGAACAGCUUGAAGCCAGACCUUUUGCAGCUGCGUAAACUUAGAGACCAGUAUCUGGUUUGGCUGCUUGGAAAAGGGGCUCGACAAAAAGAUAUCAGUGAGUGGCUGGACAUGAAGAAUGAACCUGAAGACCCAUACUCCAUGAUGGAUGAUGAGGAGGAUCUCCCACACCACGAAGAAAGGACUUGGCACAUGGGAAAGAUGAAAAGAGAGCAGGCUGAAGAGAUGCUGACUGGGAAGGCCAAUGGUACCUUUCUGAUUCGGGAGAGCCGUCAGAAAGGCUGUUAUGCCUGUUCUGUGGUGGUUGACGGUGAUACCAAGCACUGCGUUAUCUACAAGACAACCACUGGAUAUGGCUUUGCUGAGCCCUAUUACCUUUACUCGUCUUUGAAAGAAUUGGUGUUGCAUUAUCAACAUACAUCCCUGGUGCAGCACAAUGAUGCCCUCAAUGUCACUCUGUCAUACCCUGUUCUGGCGCCACCAUCUCGGUGAACCUAUCAUUUUCUAACA